UGUGGGACCCGAAGAAGAGCAGACAGAAAGCGUGGUUUGCGUGGGUGUGCGGAUGCAGUCGCGGCAGGGGGUCCUGUUCCGGUCUAGCGGGUGAUUGCGCGCUCUUCUCCCUGACACGCUGCUGCUUCGAGCGUUUGGGGUUUUGUGCGAUUUACGAAAUGCAGUUUUUCUUUGCCCUGGGACUUUCCGGCUCUUGCUCGGUUGCUGCCGGAUUAGUCUACCGGGUGGACGGAGGGAGGGCUUGGAAAGGCAACGGAAAUGGUGGUUAUGCAGUGUGUGGAAUGCAUAAUUCCUCCCUCCCUCCCUUCCUCCCCCUGAGUUAUGCUCCCGGAAACGGUGGCCGCGAAACGGUCAGACCGUUUUGGGAUUGUGGGCUGCUCGCCCCGAGGCAAAGAUACACCAUUGAAGACUUCCCUAUCCCAUCGAUCGGGAAGCUUGUCAAGAUGGGAUCUGCGUUCGGCGUUCCAGAGCCGUUGAGCCUUAUUGCGGUUACAUCUCGUGGAGACGAAGAUGGAGAUGCCGCAACCGCCGGCCGAGAGAUUGGGGGUGUCGAGCUGACAAAAGCGUUGUUCAUCUCUUGUUCGUCGCAUGUGUGGAAUUUGAGAGGCUUACAUCAGCCAUUCUUACGCAGUAUGCUUUGGGGGCGGGGCAUAGGGAUCUUCACCGGUCCCGUCGUACGGAUUGUCAGAUCGUGGGGGGAUCAUCGGGUGAGCUUGACUGGCAGACUGACAGAGAGCAGAGCCGCUUCUGGGAGCAGCUUACAAAUGGCAUGCUGAGUCAACUGCUUCUGGCUUGCAAUCCUUGGGCUGCUGGUGAGGGAAAAGGUAACGUUUCAACAUUGUUGUACAUUGAGAUCCGGUGAGAUUGAAUAUCCUAGAGUCCGGGCAUCGCUGUUUGUAUGCGUGUUGUCAUGCCUGUGCGACUUGGUAUCCAACAAAAGCGAGGCUCCUACAAGGCCUUGCGGG